AUGAGGGCCUCACUUCGGGGCGCGUCUCUCAUCCUCGCCGCCGCCCUCGUCGCGGUGGCGCUCUGCUUCGGCGGCGCGACGGUCGCUCACUCAUGCCACGCGAUCCGCGACUACGUGGACGAGGCCUUCUGCGUGUCCCGGCUGCGUUCCGUCCCGGGCGCCGCCUCCGCGUACCGGCACGGCCACCUCCUCAUGGCGGCGGACCUCGCCGCGGCGAGCGGGGACCCGGCGCGGGGCGCGGCGGCGAGGAUGGCGCGCGGCGACCCGGCGGCGCGGGACGCGCUGGAGGCGUGCGGGUUCCUGUACGGCGUGGCGUCGGUGCCGGCGCUGCGGCUCAUGCGCGGGUACGCGGCGGUGCGGAGCUGGGACGCCGCGGACUCGCUGUACAUGCUCGCGCGGCAGGCAGGGGGCGACUGCGACGCCGCGCUCGGGAGCUCCGCGGGCAGGACGAUGGCCGGGGCCAACCGCGAGUUCGACCAGCUCUCCACCAUGGCCACCAUGCUGCUCAAGACCUUCAUCCCUUCCAGCUAG